CCUGUUUCCCCAAAAAAAAAAAAAAAAAAAAAAGCUUAACCUCUCUUCCCUCCUCCCCCGCGCCGUUUUUGAGAAUCAGAACGGAGAAGAGAACCAAGGCCACGAUGCAGCAGAAGAGGAGAACCUCCGCGGGAGACUUAACCCACUUGCGUGAGCUGUUCCGGCACCACAUAGAGUCCUUCGACUACCUCAUCACCGCCGGUCUCGGCGUCACGCUCCGUGACAUCAAGCCCGUCCAAGUCCACAAUCCUCACACCGGAGAAACCCUAAGGAUCUGGUUCGCUGACGAUCCUAUUCUAGGCCGACCUCAGAAGGAUCGGAGUAGCGAGCCUCUCUAUCCUUUUGAAUGUCGACAGACCCGAAUUUCCUACACGGGUAAAUUGUUGGCAGACAUUUACUUUCAGCGUGAUGAUAAGGCUCCUGUCAGAGAGCAGUUAAAUUUUGGCCAGUUUCCCAUCAUGCUCAUGUCAAAGUGUUGCAACUUAAGAGGUCAUGAUCCUCAGCAGCUAGUUUCUUGCAAAGAAGAGUCAUCAGAAAUGGGUGGCUACUUCAUUUUGAAUGGGCUCGAGAGAGUUAUUCGACCUGUUAUAUUGCCGAAGCGGAACUAUCCAAUGAGUACGGUGCGCAAUUCAUUUCGUGAUCGAAAGGAAGGAUAUACAGAUAAAGCAGUUGUGAUAAGAUGUGUAAGAGAUGAUCAGUCUUCAGUAACAGUCAAAUUGUAUUACCUGCAAAACGGAAGUGCAAGACUUGGUGUUUGGAUACAGGGGAAGGAGUUCUUGCUUCCUGUGGGUCUUAUUUUAAAGGCUUUUAUUGACACUCCUGAUCGUGAAAUUUUUGCGAGUUUGACAUGCUGUUGUAACGAGAAAUUUGAGAAAGAGAAAGGUGCUGUUGCCACUCAGCUUGUGGGUGAGAGGGCGCAGAUUAUUAUAAAUGAAGUGGCAGACUUGGGUCUUCGCACUCAUCUUCAAUGUCUAGAACACAUUGGCGAGCACUUUCAACCUCUAAUGGGUGGACUGGAGAAUGAACCUUAUUCAGUUGUUGGAGAUGCCGUUCUCAAGGACUACAUAUUUGUUCACCUAGAUAAGAAUGAAGACAAAUUCAAUCUGCUCAUAUUCAUGUUGCAGAAACUUUUUUCGCUUAUGGAUCAGACUUCGGUUCUCGACAACCCAGAUUCCUUGCAAAAUCAAGAAGUCUUACUCCCUGGCCAUCUGAUAACCAUAUAUCUCAAGGAAAAACUAGAGGAUUGGUUGCAAAGGACCAAAAAACUUCUUCAAGAUGAGAUGAAAAAGGAAAGCAACAAUAUCAAUUUUGGCAGCGUCGAUAGCUUAAAAAAGGUUCUGGAAAAAAAUCCUACAAGGCAAAUCAGUAUGGCGAUUGAGAAUAUGUUGAAAACUGGAAGAAUUAAUACUCAAACAGGUCUAGAUUUGCAGCAGAGGGCGGGCUUUACAGUUCAGGCAGAAAGGCUUAAUUUUUUACGAUUUUUAUCGCAUUUUCGUGCUGUUCAUCGAGGGGCUUCAUUUGCUGGGCUUCGCACCACAAGUGUGCGAAAAUUGCUUCCCGAAUCCUGGGGUUUCCUUUGCCCUGUGCAUACACCUGAUGGAGAGCCAUGUGGCUUGUUGAACCAUAUGACUCGCACUUGUAGAAUUACAUCGUACUUUGAUGCACAAGGGAAUAUUAGAGAUUUCUCUAAGAUUCGAAUGUCUAUUCUUAAUGUUCUGAUCGAAGUUGGAAUGACACCUUCACUGCCAAUGUUGGUUCAUGCCGGUCCUCCUGCGGAUCUUUCUGUUCUUUUAGAUGGUCGUCUUGUUGGUUAUAUAUCUUCCAAACAAGUUGAGAGAGUUGUGGCUCAUUUAAGGAAGCUGAAAGUUUCAGCUGCUUCAGUGAUUCCAGAUGACUUGGAAGUGGGAUACGUUCCUCUCAGCAUGGGUGGGGCAUAUCCUGGUCUCUACCUUAACACUUCUCCUUCUAGAUUUGUUCGGCCAGUUAAGAAUAUUUCGAUUCCUGCUGUUGAAGGUCAAAAUAUUGAACUCAUUGGGCCCUUUGAACAGGUGUUCAUGGAAAUAAGAUGUCCUGAUGGUCGAGAUGGUGGAAGGAAAGAUGCUUUCCCUGCAACUCAUGAAGAAAUUCAUCCAACUGGGAUGCUCAGUGUUGUUGCUAAUCUUACUCCCUGGUCAGAACAUAAUCAGAGCCCACGAAAUAUGUACCAGUGUCAGAUGGCAAAACAAACGAUGGGUUUCUCAUUACAAGCACUUUGCAAUCGUGCAGAUCAGAAGUUGUAUCAUCUGAAGACUCCUCAAUCUCCCAUCGUCCGCACAAAAACGUAUACGAAUUACUGUGUAGAUGAAUAUCCAACGGGCACAAAUGCAAUCGUUGCUGUAUUGUCGUAUACCGGGUAUGAUAUGGAGGAUGCUAUGAUUCUGAGCAAGUCAUCUGUAGAUCGUGGAAUGUUUCAUGGACUAGUAUAUCAGACGGAAUCCAUUGACUUGUCUGAUACAAAGGGUAGUAAAUCCCAGAGAUCGUUCAGGAGAAGUACCACUGAUAAGUCGCAUCAUUCUUUGAUCGAUUCAGAUGGUCUUCCUUAUGUGGGUCAGACAAUAAAGCCAGAUGAACCCUAUUAUAGCACUUAUGAUGAGAUAAAAGGUGCCAUAAGAACGACCAAACGAAAGGGGUCGGAGCCUGCUAUUGUUGACUAUGUUGCUAUUGAUGGGAAGAAGCAUCUUCAGAAGGUGAACAUAAGGUUUCGGCACCCUAGAAACCCGAUAAUUGGUGAUAAAUUUAGCAGCCGACAUGGACAAAAAGGAGUUUGCUCCCAGUUGUGGCCUGACAUUGAUAUGCCAUUUUCUGGAGUUACGGGAAUGCGCCCAGAUCUUAUUAUCAAUCCACAUGCAUUUCCUUCAAGAAUGACAAUAGCCAUGCUUUUGGAGUCGGUUGCUGCAAAGGGUGGUAGCUUACAUGGAAAAUAUGUUGAUGCGACACCAUUUGCUAAUUCAGAGGAGAAAGUUAAUGAAGAAACUAAUGGAGAGAAAUCCAAAACCCUUGUUGAUGAACUUGGUGAAAUGUUAAAGGUUAAAGGGUUUAAUUACCAUGGUGCAGAGGUAUUGUACAGUGGCGUCUAUGGAACAGAACUCACGUGUGAAAUCUUUAUUGGUCCUGUUUACUAUCAACGAUUACGGCAUAUGGUUUCAGACAAAUUUCAGGUUCGCUCUACAGGAAUGGUAGAUCAAGUCACACGCCAGCCUAUCAAAGGACGGAAACGAGGUGGCGGUAUACGUUUUGGUGAAAUGGAGAGAGACUCCUUGCUUGCACAUGGGGCAGCAUAUUUGUUGCAUGAUAGACUUCAUACAUGUUCUGAUUAUCACAUUGCUGACGUAUGUUCCCUUUGUGGAUCCAUCCUAACAACCUCAUCAGUCCAGCCACAAAUACGGGUUCGUGAAAUGCGGGGCUUGCCCCCUAUGAGAGCUCCCAAGAAGGUGACUUGCCAUGCAUGUAAGUCGAGUAAAGGGAUGGAGACGGUUGCAAUGCCUUAUGUCUUUAGAUAUUUAGCAGCUGAGUUAGCAGCUAUGAACAUAAAACUGACCCUCCAGUUGAGCAAUGCAACUGGAGCUUGAUAUCUUGCAAGAACCUAAAACCUCAAGCGAGGACUGAACAGCACUGUAAAAUGUCAUUCGAGUUGGAUAGGGUGGACUGAAGUCUUUGCACAUUGAGGAAGUUUAGGAAUAGAGAGCUAACGAGUUGUUUAGAAAAUGUGUCUAUAUAUACGAAUGAGUAAAACAAUGGUUUACUAUAUUGUUGUGGAGCAGAGGGAUAUCUCUCCGGAGAGGCCUUGGUUAUCUAUGAAUGAAAGGUAGGGACUUGAUUUUUCA